AUAACAGUUCCGGGUGGGAGGUAGAGGAGGGAAACGACUUUGGGCACGCGCGUGGUUGGGAGUUGGACUUGUUAACGGUAAUCGGCCGUCGAGUUGCUGUGGAGUUCGAUGAUUUUGUUACCACGAAAAACAGUCUUUAAAAGUAGUGGACAAAUUACACGAUACGAUAAAAACACAGAGCCUGACUAACAUUUCGCUCACUGGGUUAAAUCUGCGAAGUUUAGGUGAGGAGAAGUUUAGCGCCGCUGGGGCUACGGGCGUUUUUUUUUUUUUGGCUAGGCUAGGUCUUCUGGGAGCUAACGUCGACGGUACUUCCGGAACACUCGGCGGGAUCUUCAGGUGUAAAAACGAUAAGAUCCAGAUCCUCAUGCAGCGGUGUUGAGAGGUGACAAAUUAUGGGUAGCUAGAUUUGAUGAAACUGCCAAAAUGUCAUCAAUCUUAGGACUCCCUACACGAGGAUCAGAUGUAACUGUUCUCAUAUCCAGGGUCCACGUGCAUCCCUUUUGUGUACUUGUGGAAUUCUGGGGAAAAUUUAGCCUGGAGAGGACUGCAGAGUAUGAACGUCUAGCCAAAGACAUUCAGUCCCCUGGGGACACUUUUCAAGAACUGGAAGGAAAACCUGGUGACCAGUGCUUGGUUCAGAUUGAGAGUAUUUGGUAUAGGGCUCGCAUAGUCUCAAGUAAUGGCUCGAAAUACACAGUGUUUCUCAUUGACAAAGGAACAACAUGCCGUGCCAUCACAAGUAGGCUUGCAUGGGGUAAAAAGGAGCAUUUCCAACUGCCUCCUGAAGUGGAGUUUUGUGUGCUAGCUAACGUGCUACCACUGUCACUUGAGAACAAAUGGUCCCCAGUGGCUCUUGAAUUUCUGAAAUCUCUUCCUGGGAAGUGUGUGUCAGCACAUGUGCAGGAAGUACUAGUCCUGAACAGAACAUUCCUCCUGCACAUACCUUGCAUAUCCAAACAAAUGUAUGAGAUGGGAUUUGCCAAGAAACUAUCCCCAAACAUCUUCCAGGACUUUGUCCUAAAGUCAGUGCAGUCCCAUAGUGGAGCUGAGGUUUCUCCAGAGAUCAAACGGCUGUCCGUGGGACCUGUUGAACAACUGCACAAGCAAGGGGUGUUCAUGUACCCAGAGCUACAGGGAGGAACUGUAGAGACUGUCGUUGUAACAGAAGUGACAAAUCCACAGAGGAUUUUUUGCCAGUUAAAGGUCUUCUCUCAAGAGCUGAAGAAACUGUCUGAUCAACUUACACAGAGUUGCGAAGGGAGAAUGCCCAAUUGCAUUAUAGGCCCAGAAAUGAUUGGGUUUCCAUGUUCUGCAAGGGGAAGUGAUGGCAAAUGGUACCGCUCUGUUCUACAGCAGGUAUUUCCAACCAGUAACGUGGUGGAAGUAUUGAAUGUUGACAGUGGAACCAAAGAGUUUGUUAAAGUGGACAAUGUAAGGUCACUGGCUGCAGAGUUCUUUAGGAUGCCAGUUGUCACUUACAUCUGCUCUCUCCAUGGAGUUAUUGACAAAGGGGUAGGAUGGACAACCACCCAAAUUGACUACCUCAAGUCUCUCCUGCUGUACAAGACGAUGAUUGCCAAAUUUGAGUACCAAAGCAUCUCAGAGGGUGUUCACUAUGUCACUCUUUAUGGGGAUGACAAUACAAACAUGAACAUCUUGUUUGGUUCCAAACAGGGCUGUUUGCUGGACUGUGAAAAAACACUGGGAGAUUAUGCUAUCCUCAACACAGCACACAGGCAACCGCAUCCAGCCCAGCAAGAAAGAAAAAUGCUAACUCCUGGAGAAGUUAUGGAAGAAAAAGAAGGGAAAGCAGUUGCAGAGAGGGUGCCUGCUGAAGUUCUUCUGCUAAACUCUUCACAUGUGGCAGUUGUUCAGCAUGUAACAAACCCAUCAGAGUUUUACAUCCAAACGCAAAACUAUACAAAGCAGUUGAAUGAAUUAAUGGAUACUGUCUGCCAACUGUACAAAGAUUCUGUGAAUAAAGGAUCUGUUAGAAUUCCAACUGUUGGACUCUACUGUGCAGCCAAAGCAGCAGAUGGUGAUUUCUACAGAGCAACUGUGACUAAAGUUGGUGAGACACAAGUCGAGGUAUUCUUUGUUGAUUAUGGAAAUACAGAAGUGGUUGAUAGGAGAAACCUCAGGAUACUUCCUGCUGAGUUCAAAAAGCUGCCACGGUUGGCACUAAAAUGUACUCUGGCUGGUGUCGGACCUAAAGAUGGGAGAUGGAGUCAGAGUGCCUCUGUCUUUUUCAGAAAAGCAGUAACCGAUAAAGAACUAAAAGUCCAUGUACUGGCCAAAUAUGAUAGUGGCUAUGUUGUCCAUCUGACAGAUCCUAAAGCAGAGGGAGAACAACAAGUCAGUACACUGUUGUGUAAUUCUGGUCUUGCUGAAAAGGCUGACAAACCAGGGCAGUGCAAAAACACAAUGCAUCCUGCUAUUACGCCUCCCACACAAUAUCCAGAUGCCAGCCCACCAUGUGGGAAUAGGGACACUGGAUUGGCUCUCCAGGUCCAAAACAUAAUUGGCCUUAGCCAGAAAGAAGGAAGAAUGGCUACCUUUAAGGAACACAUGUUUCCCAUCGGAAGUGUCCUUGAUGUCAAUGUGUCCUUCAUUGAAAGCCCAAAUGACUUUUGGUGCCAGCUAGUUUAUAAUGCAGGACUCUUGAAAUUGCUCAUGGAUGACAUACAGGCACACUAUGCAGGCAGUGAGUUUCAGCCAAAUGUCGAAAUGGCUUGUGUUGCUCGUCACCCUGGUAACGGAUUGUGGUACAGGGCCCUUGUGAUUCAUAAACAUGAAACUCAUGUGGAUGUGUUGUUUGUUGACUAUGGCCAGACAGAGACAGUCUCCUUCCAAGACCUGAGGAGAAUCAGCCCAGAAUUUCUUACUCUGCAUGGUCAGGCUUUUCGAUGCAGUCUGUUAAAUCCCAUUGACCCUACAUCUGCUGUAACUGAGUGGAGCGAAGAGGCAGUAGAAAGGUUUAAAAACUUUGUGGACUCGGCUGCUUCCAACUUUGUGAUUCUGAAAUGCACCAUAUAUGCUGUCAUGUGCAGUGAGCAGAAGAUUGUUUUCAACAUUGUGGAUCUAGAAACUCCAUUUGAGAGUAUUUGCACUAGUGUGGUAAAUGUCAUGAAAAGUACACCUCCCAAAAAAGCUACGGGACCAUCUUUUCGUCUGGAUACAUACUAUUACUCAACACACAAUGUCAAAACUGGGAUGGAGGAAGAGGUCACAGUGACAUGUGUGAACAAUGUCAGUCAGUUCUACUGCCAGCUUGAAAAGAAUGCUGAUGUGAUAAAUGACCUCAAGAUGAAAGUGAGCAGUUUUUGUCGUCAGCUUGAGAAUGUAAAGCUUCCAGCAGUCUUUGGAACUCUGUGCUUUGCAAGAUAUACUGAUGGGCAGUGGUACAGAGGGCAGAUCAAGGCCACAAAGCCAGCACUCCUGGUUCACUUUGUGGAUUACGGGGACACUAUUGAAGUAGAUAAAUCUGACUUGCUCCCAGUUCCCAGAGAGGCAAAUGACAUCAUGUCUGUGCCUGUGCAAGCAGUAGUGUGUGGUCUUUCUGAUGUUCCUGCUAAUGUUUCCAGUGAGGUGAACAGCUGGUUUGAGACAACUGCAACAGAAUGCAAAUUCCGAGCGCUAGUAGUAGCCAGAGAACCUGAUGGGAAAGUCCUAGUUGAGCUCUAUCUUGGAAACACUCAGAUCAAUUCAAAGCUCAAGAAAAAGUUUCAUAUUGAGAUGCACACAGAAAGCCAGGUUGUCUGCCAUGGUUGGAGAGCUUUUGAGGCUUCACAGAGUUAUUCGCAAAAGACAAAACGCACCACAAAAAUGGAAGAUAACACACAGUUCCUGAAGAAAAACAGUUUCUCUGCUUCAAAACCUCCUUUUACUUUAAGGGAUGAUGGGAAAUCUAACGAAAUGAACCUUUGGAACAAAACAACAAAGUCAGUUCAUGAAAAUGGUCAAAGGAUCAAGAGUCCGCGACUAGAGUUGUACACACCUCCACAGCAAAGGGAGUCAUCUGCUGGUGGCAAUGUCAGAUCUUCAGAUCUUCCAACAGAUGCCAAGAAACUCAAGUCAACAGUAAAUGGCACAGAAUCCCAAAAGGAAAGUAAUGCUGAAAAGCUUCCUAAACUUUCAGACUUGCCCUCAAAUUUUAUCACACCUGGUAUGGUAGCAGAUGUCUACGUGUCACAUUGCAACAGCCCAGUAAGUUUCCACGUGCAGUGUGUAAGCGAUGAGGAUCAUAUAUAUUCCCUGGUAGAAAAGCUCAAUGACCCCAGUUCAACUGCAGAAACCAACGGGCUCAAAGAUGUGCGUCCAGAUGACCUUGUUCAAGCACAGUUCACAGAUGAUUCCUCAUGGUACCGAGCAGUUGUAAGAGAACUUCACGGUGAUGCAAUGGCUCUCAUUGAGUUUGUUGAUUUUGGCAAUACAGCCAUGACUCCACUUUCCAAGAUGGGCAGACUCCACAAGAAUUUCUUGCAGCUGCCGAUGUACAGCACACACUGUAUGCUGAGUGAUGCUGCUGGUCUUGGGGAAGAGGUUGUAGUUGAUCCAGAUGUGGUGUCAACUUUCAAAGAAAAGAUUUCUAGUAGUGGAGAAAAAGUGUUCAAGUGCCAGUUUGUCAGGAAGAUUGGGUCUGUGUGGGAAGUUAACCUUGAAGACAAUGGUGUGAAGGUUACGUAUAAAGUGCCUACUGCAGAUCCUGAAAUCACUUCAGAGAAACUUGAGCAAGCAAAGGAAGAGCCAUCCCAGGUGUCUGAUAUCAGAGAAGUGCCAGAGAGAUCAGUGCUGAGCCACUGCUCCCCACAUAACUUUCUGGAAGACCUUUUUGAGGGGCAUAAAUUGGAAGCCUAUGUCACAGUUAUAAAUGAUGAUCAGACUUUCUGGUGUCAGUCUGCUAGUUCAGAAGAACAUGAUGAGAUCUUAUUAGGUCUCUCAGAAGUUGAGAAUUCAACAGGUCAGAACUAUAUUGAUCCAGAUGCUCUCGUUCCUGGAAGUCUAUGUAUUGCUCGCUUUUUAGAUGAUGAGUUUUGGUAUCGUGCAGAGGUCAUUGACAAAAAUGAGGGUGAGCUCUCUGUUUUCUUUUUGGACUAUGGAAACAAGGCUAGAGUCAGCAUAACAGAUGUGAGAGAAAUGCCACCUUGCUUGUUGAAGAUUCCACCACAGGCAUUUUUGUGUGAGCUUGAAGGCUUUGAUGCUUUAUGUGGAUAUUGGGAAAGUGGAGCAAAGGUUGAAUUGUCUGCACUUAUAGAUGUCAAACUGUUGCAGUUGACUGUCACAAAACUAGCAAGAGCUACAGGAACAAUCUUUGUGCAGGUGGAAUGCGAAGGUCAGGUGAUCAACGAGUUGAUGAAAACCUGGUGGAAGAGCUUCAUAACGGAAAGUAAAGCGAAAGCAGAUGGACUGCCUGAUUCAGAUGAAGCAUCAGUGCAGACUGACUCAACUGUAAAUGAGUCUGUGGUACCUGACGAUCAAGUAGAGAAUCCCAAAACCCAGGAAGUAGACAAAUCUCAUAUCCACUUUGAGAAAGACAACAGUGAUGAGCUCAGCACUGAUCAGUUUGAGCCUUGCACAGAAGAUGAGGUACAAAAAUUAAGUACUCCAAAGUCCUCUAAAGAUUCAGUUCAUCUUCAGUUUUUUGGGAUCCAAGAAGAAAGUGUUUCCACAGAGAACAUCGAAGUCCAAGCCUCUGCAAUAUUAAUCAAGGAGAGGUUUCCUGGCAAUAGUGGUAUAGAUGAAAGUAUAUUAUCUCCACUUGAUAACCAAGAUGACAAAGACAAAAAUGUUUUGACUAUGAACUUCAACAUGGAGGACACUAUCAAAGACACUGAAGAGGAGCAAGCCUUGGUAAUGGACCCUCUUGGAACCAACGUCUCAAGUUCUCCAGUGGAUGAGAACCUUUUAGAGACAACAGAUGACCUAGAGAGAACUGCAAAAUCUGACAAGGAAUCUCUACUUGAAGAGAUGAACGCAGUUUCCUACAGCUCUGACAUCACGAAUGUUUCUGAUCCAGCCAAAAACCAAGAUGGAAUGACAGCUUCUGUAGGAAGUGGUACUUCCCUGAACCGUAGGACAGCAGUGAAAUUGGUUCCGCGGAGCGCUGUUAGUCUAAUGGAAAGUACUGAUCUAGGAACUGAAGUCUCAAAACAGAUUCCGACUAAAUUAGUGCUGCCCUCCCUUUUGCCUCCCGAGGAGCAGUUGUGCAGUGCUCCCAAAGAACCAGAAAGUGAGGCCGGAGAUUGCAUGUGUCAGCAAGAGGUUUCAUGUGCUACCACACAAGCUGAGAGUGACUCAGUGAGCGAUGAGGAGUCCUUGGUUCAUCUCAGCAUUCCAAAUUCAGACACUGACGAAGCUGCCAGUGAGCCCCUGACGUACACUGUGUCCUCGCUGGAGAAGGGCGAUGAGAUUGAAGAAGUGACCUGUUGUAUUGAAGAGGCUUGCGUAACAGAUGUCUGCACAGAGCAAAAACAGCCGAGUGGUGAUGGUGAAGAUUGUCUGAGCUGUGUGACAGCAGAGGAAAUGGUCCAGAAUGGAUCACUUGAAACUCCUUCAGGGAACACCGUGGAAGGUGGUGAUGUUGCCCUAGAGGAUCGAGGACCAUGGACUACUACUACUCCUAGCGGGGACGACUCGAUAACCGAAGAUGAGACGUUGUGUCUUCGUGAGGAUACACUUUCUGCUUUACAAUCUGAUGCUGAGCCACAGACCUCUACAGCUAUUAAAUCUUCAGAUUUGAAUAGCCUGGUUGAAGAGGUGACCUGUCUUGUUGGAGAGAUCUGUUUGACAGACGUCUGUAGAGAUCUAAAAGAGGAAGCUGAAAUGUUGACGGAGGAGUGUGAGCUGCAGGAGCAUCCACCUUCCCAACAAAAUGAGGUAAGAAAGAGUUUUGAUGACAGUGUGCCGACAGAUGAACUGCCUUCUCCUUAGGACCGUUUUGCAAUCCAGCUGUCAAAGCUAAUUAUCAGUGAUGGUUCUGCUGAUAAUCUGCCUGCUGAGCAGCAGCCGGAAGAGUGACUGCCUUUUUUUUUUUUUUUUUUUCUUUUUUGGGAUGUUAAAUAGAAGAUUACUGUAACUGCAUAUUGUUUUGUGUUGUUUCAGAUAGGUUCAGUUCAUUUUCUCUGUGUUCAUUUUAAGUGCCCAAUGCCAGUGUUGUUAUUGUUUUGGCUUCUUUGUGUGUUAUCGUCCUAUCGCUCAUACCCUUUGAUCUGCUUAUUUCAUUGUUCCUCUAAAAACAAACAGCCACGAAGCUAAAAGUCUUUGUAUGGUAAUAGUUGAUAAAACAUGAGGAGUUUGUUUUGAUAAACUGCCAAACAAUUCUUUAGAUGUUUGAGUCUUUAGUUUAUUUGCUCUGGUUUCAGUGGCUGUUGUGAAAUGCAUGGAAAAAAAUCUGUAUUUGGUGUUAAUCCACAAGUUGGAGCAAAUUUCUGUUGGCACAAUAAAUAUUAACGUUCAGUGCA